AUGUUUCGCUGGUGGUGGCCACAUGGCUUAGUUGAAAUCGCCGAAGUCCAGGCUGAAAUCGAUCAGAUUGCGGAUGCCGGGUUCGGUGGCGUUGAAAUAGAAGACGUCCACCACAGCACAAAUGCGAAUCUCUUAGACCCUGCAGGUCAUGGAUGGGCAACCACUCCUUGGAUCGACGCAGUAUAUGCCUCUUUAACAAGAGCAAAGCAAAGAGGCCUCCGGACCGAUAUUGCUGCUGGGCCAUCAUGGCCAGCAGCACUUCCCACCAUCACUCCAGAUGAUGAAGCUGCCGCUCAGGAGUUGGUUCAUGGACGAGCUUAUGUGAAUGCUACCACCAACUUUCAAUUUUCUGGCGAGCUACCUCACUCAUACGUUGAGCCAGAGCCGGGUGUGACUAAAGAGAAACUCAUCGCUGUCCAAGCAUGGCGGAUCAACAAUGCCAGCAGUCCUACCGCCAGGACCAUGCUUCUCGACUCCAACACUAUGAUUGAUCUCACCAGCAAGGUAACCGAUGGAAAGCUUAGUUGGACAGCACCUGAUAGAGGUAAUUGGGUCAUCAUGCCAUUCCGCACUCGAGGUACUGGCCAGAUGCCGGAAGCCGGACCACAUACGAGCCCUCUCGCCUAUGUCAUUGAUCAUUUCUCAAAAGCAGGUGCCGAUAUUUUGACCAAGUUCUGGGACGAAAAGAUUCUCACCACUAGAUUCCACGGUUUUGGUUCGCUGUUUGAGGACUCCCUAGAGUUCGAAGCUACAACCUACUGGACUGCCGCAUAUCCAACCGAAUUCAGAAACCGCAUGGGAUACGACAUUAUGAAAUACGCACCUACUAUAGUCAGAGAGAAGGAGAAGUUCACGAUCGCUUUCACUGAUGCCGAAGUCACCCGUGGCAUCCUUAACGACUUCUGGGAUGUCCUUGGUGCUUUAUACAUUGAGAACCACGUUGUUCCCGUCAAGGAAUGGUGUCACUCGCAUGGGAUGCAGCUUCGAGUUCAGCCCUAUGGACUAUCAACAGAUGCCAUGGGUGCUUCCGCUGCCUUGGAUAUCGCCGAAGGAGAGUCUCUGGGAUUUAAGAACCUCGAUGAUUACAGAUCCCUGGCUGGUGGAAGUAAUAUGGGUCAGCACAACAUCAUCUCUAAUGAAGCGGCAGCAUUCGCGACAAGUGCCUACACGACUACUUGGGAAAGAGUCUUACGGACCCUCAACCCGAUUUUCGCAGCUGGCGUGAAUCAGCAAGUUCUCCAUGGGUUCUCUUACCUCGAGGCUCCAUCGGCUGCAUGGCCUGGUUUUGCAGCAUUUACCCCAUACGGUAGCGCUGGUAACAUUGGAUAUGCUGAGUCUUGGGGACCUCGUCAGCCCGCAUGGAGACACGCUCCAGACAUUUCGGCGUACAUGGGUAGAGUCCAAUUCCUAAUGCGUCGUGGUGUACCAAAACAUGAUGUUGGGUUCUUCCGUCAAAAGGGGUACAUCGCUUCCGGAUUUGGAGCUUCGUAUUUCAGCGCUGCUGGAACGAGAGCAGGCUGGAGCAUGAACUUUCUUGCCCCAAGCUUGCUUCAACUGCCAAUUGCAAAGGUCUCGAAUAAGCGACUUGCACCUGAAGGGCCAAACUUUGGCUUGCUAGCUUUCGAGGGAGAUGCUUUCAGCAGUCAAAUUCCUGUCGUCACACUUGACACUGCGCAACGGAUGCUCUCGUAUGCCCAAGCUGGCCUCCCUGUUCUAGUCGUUGGCGAUUGGUCUACUGUGAGAGCAUACGGAUAUAGCGAAUUCAACCAGAGUUCGCAGGUAGCCUCGACAUUCAAGCAGAUGCUUGCGCUGCCAAAUGUCGUUAAUGUCCCCGACAGAGCUUCAAUGGCCGACGGAGUCGCCAAACUUGGUGUUCCAACUGAAGUACAACACUCCGACUCUUCCCUGAUCCAUAUUCAUCGAGUCGAUGGUCGACUUGAUCACUACCUCUUCGUCACCAACUCUGCCACCGAGGCUGUCGAUCAAGACGUAUCAGUCUUCCGCGGAAGCUCUCAAGCCGUUCCAUAUGUCCUCGAUGCCUGGACAGGAACCAGUAAAGUUCUGCCAGUUUAUACAGAAGUCAGCGCCAGCCGUAUCUCUUUCCGCGUGAAGUUGAGGCCAGGCCAGUCUAUGCUGAUGACAAUAGUACCAAUGGACUUCAAAGCCGUUCACGCGGUUAGCAGUACUGGUACAGUUGUUGUAGACUCUCAACAAAAGAUGGCGAUUCGUAGCAACGUUAGUGGAAGCUACAGUACCGUUUUCAGCAACGGUAAGACUUCGACAACCACAGUCGAUGCCUCGCCUUCUCCCAUCGAUCUAUCCAGCUGGACACUCGACGUCGAGGAUUUCACACCGGGUCCAACAAACACCACCACAACAAUCCUCCGCCACAAGCUUGACAUCACUGCCCCUCUUCAGCCAUGGACUGCAUUGCCAGGCCUCCUGGAUGUGUCAGGGAUUGGCACCUACUCUACCACAUUCAACUUGCCAACCACCUACCCAACUCAAGCAUCAAACUCAUCAGGCUUCGGUGCUAGUCUUGAGAUGUCUCAAUUUCUCGGCUCUUUCAGAAUCAAGGUGAACGGCGUCCAGCUACCGGCGGUAGACCAAUUGACGUGGACACAUGACAUCGGUGCCUGGGUGAAGGCAGGGGAGAACAAGUUGGAAAUUGAAGUUGCUGGCAGUUUGCUGAACAGGCUGAGAGUGACCAGUCCUUCGACGUACUCGUUGACGAAGCGACAAGAUUUCGGCUUGGUAGGAAGUCCAAGAGUGGUCCCUUGGAGACAGGUACAGAUCGUGUAG